CUGAAGCCAUUGGGUGUGAGGUUAGAGUAGAGAUCAGAAGGAUGAGAAAACUAUUUUCUCCCUGCCAUUUCUGAAGGAUGAGAUUGGUUCUUAUCCCUUGAACUGCAGGAUCAGAAGUUUACAACAUACGCCUGAAAAGUUUGAGAAUGAGUAUGGGCCAAAGAGUACAUCACGUUCUGGUCAUGCAUAAUUUAUUGGGCAACAAAAAUGGUUGUGGAACUAGAUAUUGCAGUCUCGUGGGUGAUGUGCAGAGAAGAUGACGUCGUAGAUGAAGUGCUUAAGCUGAAGGAUUAAUCAGCAAUCUACUAUGAGUGUAAGAGAUGAUGGUUUUGAGUUUCUCAUUUAAAAUAGUUGUAAGAAGUCUACCUAAGCUUUUAAAAGACAGGGAGACGCCCAGAGCUUACCAUGUCAGCUUUUUUUUGGAUUAUGCUCAUUGGCUUACUUGAUUUGAACAUUUCAUGAAGCAGUAGUAAUUGGGGAAAAGAGCAUAAUAGAAUUCUAUUUAUAUUUGUGCUUUUAUUGCAGUUCAUUUUAGCUAAUAUUUGUUUGUAAUUGAAGGAUGUAACUGUUAGUGCUUUCUAGCAAUUGAAGUCAUGGCUUAAUUGGAAAAAACAUUUUCCAAGCUUAUAGAUUGGCCAAAAAAAUUUCCCAAACUAAUGAAUAAGGGAUAGAUAGACUCGAAGACCAAAAAAAUUAAAAGGAUAGAUAGACUGGAAGGGGAGUAGCAACUAUAGAAGAAACAAUUGAACAGCGUAAUGAGGAUGCUAACCUUAUAAUGCUUGCAUUAGCACUACAUGAAGUACAUUUUUCAAUUCUAAUGGAGGAUGAAGCUAAGGGCACUUUGGAAGCUAAGGGUGGAGGGGAAGCAUAGGGGCAUGGGAAAACAGAAGUAGAAAGUGAUAGUUGUGUGAUGUGGAACUUGGUCCUAGGGAAAGUGACAGUGCAUGAAAGAGAACAAAGUUCCUAAUGAGUAGAUAUUUUGAUGAUAGAAGGGAAGAAAGUGAGGUAAAAGAUUUGAUAGUGAUGAAAAAGAAGGAUGUGGUCAGCAGUAGUCACAAGCAGGAGAUGAAAAGUAAUCAAAAGUGGAUCAGAAAGGUUUGAGAAGAACCAUUACCCAAAUAAUGAAGAUGAGGAGCUUGAUCAAGGUAAAACUCCAAGUUUCUAUACAAGAAAAAUGAAAUCUGCCAAAAGUGUGGAGGCAAAGAACCAGGGUGCAAUAAUGGCCGAGCUGAAACAAUGGAAUGAUUUGCAUGGAGGAAGAGGUUCAAGAAGGAAGCAAAAACUGACCUACUUCCUUUAAAUUGCUGAAAAUAAACGUCACCUACACUCAUCAACAAAUUCACUACCAAAAGGAUGUGAAAGUUUAGCCAAAAUGACAUAGCUCAAUUGUUCCAAGCAUAUAUUUCCUUGAAUUAAGUAGAAAGCUCUGUACAUGGGAUCUCUAGCAAAAAAUUAUGGCAUGGUUGUUAUUAAGAUAAUCAACUGUACUUUUAUGA